GUCGCUGUACUUGUUUUUGAAGCUUGAGACGAUGAAACUGUAUAACCUUUUAGGUAUACAAGUACAGUAGGUUUAUUAAAAAUGUCCACUGACAACGGUAUGUUAAAAUAAAUAUAACUAGGAAAUGUUGUUUUACACUCUCACGCUCGGUUACUCAAAUUUAUUAUUAUUAUUUUUUAAAUUCAUAUGGACAGUUUUGGUGAUGGCAACCGAAGAUUGAGUAACAUUUGAGAACUUGGCUAAAAUGUUAGCAAAGUUACCUCCAGCGGGUCUUUAAAUUAAAAUUCCCCGCUGCUUCUGCUAUGAAAUCCUUACGUGGGAGUUUCUUACAAGCACUCGAUUGUCAUUUUAAUGAGUUAAUCUUGGCUGGGAAAAAAAAAAAAAAAAAAUCAUAUUGAUCUAUUAACUCCACUGACUAGGAGACAGAAAUCAGCCCUUCGCAGACAGGCAGUGUUGUUCCAUCUUCCCAUGCUCAGAACUUCAAAUGCUGUAUUUAUUUCUAAUCACGUUAGGUUGGUUUGUUAUUUUGCAUGGAAGAAAAACUGAUUACUCUCCGGGGGAAAUACAAAUCUUAUUGGAUUUACACAAUACUUACAGAAAGAGAGCAGUCCCAGAAGCGGCUAACAUGUUGAGGCUGGAGUGGCAGGAUGAGCUGGCCAGCAUGGCUCAAGACUGGGCUGAUAUGUGUGGUUUCGAGCAUGGGCACCCCAAGAGAGACGAGCUUCCCUUUAAUGGAAUUGGACAGAAUCUGAACAAAUUCAUGAGCACCAAUCCUGCUCGCCUUAAUUCAGUUGAAGCACGGACUGUGCAGGCAGUACAGGCUUGGUGGGAUGAGGAGAGAUGGUACAACUAUGAGAGCAGCAGUUGCAAUGGACCCAUCUGUGGACACUAUACACAGCUUGUUUGGGCAAGAACACAGUACGUGGGCUGCGGCUAUUUGAAUGGCUCGAGAUGUCCUGGAAUGUUUACCUUUGUUGUCUGUAACUACAGUCCUAUGGGAAACAAAGGCUUGGAUCCAAAAGUACCGUACAUAAAGGGAAAGGCCUGCUCAAAGUGCGACUCUGGACAUGGCUGGUGUGAGGAUGGAUUGUGCAUUGAGUGUCCUGGUGGAAACUGCGAUUGCCCGUUACAGUGUAAAAACUGUGGAAUCCUGAACCAGAAAAACUGCACUUGUGCCUGUGCCGAAGGAUGGGACUACACAGACUGCUCAGAGGCAUGUGAGGACUCUGACUCCAGUUUCUGCUCUACGCUGUAUGAACCAAACUGUGCCAUUAUACGACCAGAGCUUUGCAGAGCUCAGUGUAGACACUGUGCUCCUUUCAGAAAUACAACAAACACAAGGAAGUGCUGCGCUGGAAAGAUCUGCCGCAACAAGGGAUACCUGAACACUGAAGGCUGCCAUUGUGUCUGUAAAAAUGGAUACUCUGGGAAUGAUUGUGAGCAUGGAGCUGGAAAUGUAAUAGAAAGCUGUUGGAGUCUGUUGCUGGUUUUAGCACUGGUGUCUCUAAUGUAUUUGUAGAACCUGAACUGCUAAUCAGCGAUGUCCCUAAGGUUUUAUAACCACACUUUCUACACUUCAACUUCAGUAUAAGUGGACUCCAGUGACAGGUCGACUGUACUUGAAUAGUUCUGUAGAUUACAUGUACUGCUGUUAACUAUACAAGCCUCUUGAAAACGUUUCCCAUGCUUCCACAGUACAGCCCUCCUUCGUCACGCCACCAGGUGUAUGACAAGGGGAAUCUCUCUGUCUGUUAUCAACUCUCAACACUGUUACUACAUGUAUUGUGUUUUAUGGUGGCUAGUUUUUUUUUACCAUAUUACUGUACCUUGUUUCCCUAUGGUUUACCAUGCUUUCACUACACUUUGCUAUGCGUUACUAUCAGUGAACUUUUAGAAGGGGUUGUUUAGACGAUCUAUUCAAUUGAUCUGUUAGAAUCAUUGAACUAGAAUCGUGACACAUUAAUUAUAUUGUUAUUGGUACCCAGUACCCAGUCUUACCCUGUACCUAGCCAGGUAUAUACAGUAUACUCUACCUGUUGUGGUUGUAUUGUGGAGGUUGUCUGCCAGUUUUGCUGGAGUGAUCGUUCAAAGGCAAACCAUGUUUCUUUAUACUCUAAGGAGGAGAUACCUGAGUGAGGAUUUUACCGGCUAACUUAGGCCCUUCUUUAAAAUGGAAAACAAUGUAUGUCCCCCAACAAUACCAGCAAUAAUAACACUAUUAUUUCAUUAUAUUUUUAACCAGAAAUUUUUUUUUUUACACGCAAACAUUACACCUAAUGUCAUCUUUGAACCUUCUUUAUAAAGGUUAGAUGGUGUCUAGUAGGCUCCUAAAUUGAAGGUGUCAAAGCAUCUCAUCUAAAAAGCAUGUAGACUUUAACCAUGGUACACACAGGGCCAAUGCAUUUAUAACAGCUGUCCUGUGCAUUUCUCAUAAGGUCAAGGGCAUUAUCAUUGUUCUCUAUUGACACUUAACUAACUAAAGUACUUAUUCCAAAAUGUAAACUAUAAUUACAUUAAAAUAGAUGAAGAGAGUAGUGAUGGCAGUGACUGUAGUUCUACUUUGAAACUAAAAGAUCAGCAAUGUUCUAGAGUUGGUUUGUGGUUUGUCGGUCACUAGUUUAGAUGAAAUAUACCCCAGUCUGAUAUACAUACUGUACAAACCCUUUUACAUGAAAAUGUCAUUUUUUAAAAUGCAAUAAAAUAU